AGGCAGCGGAAAGUAGGGGCAAGCGGUGAGAUUCGACCGCUGAGCCACCACCUCCCGCCCAGGCUGAGUGAAGAUGCACAAUUUGGAUUGGAGGGGAAGGGUCAGGAGCUGCUGGCCUUUGGGCUCAGGCCCAGGCCGCCGGCCACAGUAGCUCUUGGUCCAGUCGGCGUCAGAGGUGUAUCAGCACUCGUCCCGCCCGCUCCAGCCAUGGGUGCGGGUUCCUGGGCGCUGGCCCUCUUCGGCUUCUCCGCGUUUCGGGUCCCCGGCCAGCCGCGGUCCACCUGGCUCGGCGUCGCCGCGCUGGGACUGGCCGCGGUAGCCCUGGGGACCGUGGCCUGGCGUCGUGCGCGUCGUCGGCGGCGCCGGCGGCUACAGCAAGUGGGAACGGUGGCACAGCUCUGGAUCUACCCGAUCAAGUCCGGCAAGGGGGUGCCGGUGAGCGAGGCAGAGUGCACUGCCAUGGGGCUGCGCCGCGGCCACCUGCGCGACAGGUUUUGGCUCGUGGUCAAUGAAGAGGGGAACAUGGUCACUGCCCGGCAGGAGCCUCGAUUGGUCCUGAUUUCUCUGACCUGUGAGGACGACACCUUGACUCUCAGUGCAGCGUACACAAAGGACCUGCUGCUGCCUAUCACCCCGCCCGCCACAAACCCACUCCUCCAGUGCAGAGUGCAUGGCCUGGAGAUACAGGGCAGGGAUUGUGGAGAGGAUGCGGCUCAGUGGGUCAGCAGCUUCUUGAAGACCCAGUCCUGUCGCCUGGUACACUUCGAGCCGCACAUGCGCCCCAGAAGUUCUCAGCAAAUGAAGGCUGUGUUCCGGCCCACGGACCAGGUGGCCUACUCAGAUGCAAGUCCAUUCUUGGUCCUCUCUGAGGCAUCCUUGGAAGAUCUCAACUCCAGGCUGGAGCGCAGAGUGAAAGUGACAAACUUCAGGCCUAACAUUGUCAUCUCGGGAUGUGGCAUUUAUGCCGAGGAUUCUUGGAAUGAGGUUCUCAUUGGAGAUGUGGAACUGAAGCGGGUGAUGGCUUGUACCCGGUGCCUUUUAACAACAGUGGAUCCAGACACUGGCAUCACGGACGGAAAGGAGCCUCUGGAAACACUGAAGAGCUACCGCCUGUGUGACCCUUCAGACCAAGCGUUAUAUGGAAAAUCACCCCUCUUUGGACAAUACUUCGCUCUGGAAAACCCAGGGACAGUCAAAGUGGGAGACCCUGUGUACCUCCUGAGCCAGUGAUGGGAACUGUUCGUUCUGGAAGAACAGAUGUCUCUUUAAAAACGUUUUUAAAACAGACAUCUCUUGAAACAGUUCUUCAGCCUGCUCUUUGGAUCUGCCAGUUCCAAGUUUCUCUUCUUUCAGAUUUCCGUCUGUUUCAGUGUUUCCUGGAGCCAGCCCACAAAGCAAGGAAAUACAGCUUUGCGAACUUAGCAGGUCCCUGUUAAGUUUCUUGAAGAAUAAAGGGAUCAUCAUAUUGCCCUGUUUAUAAAUAUGGAGUAAUCCUUCUACGUUAGCAUUCACUUGCCAAGACAUCAUCUCCCUAGCCUUCUUUUGGGAAAGAGAAGAAAAAAGGAGGAAGACUGUGUAAGCCAGAAGAAUGUUCCAGAAUGCUUUGCUACCCCUGGACAUGGUGCAUACAAUGGGAAUUAAAUACUCUCCCAAGUAAA